GACGGAAUUACCCUUCCUUUGUUUGUUGCAUAAUUAAACGCAAUAGCUUCGAGCGGGGGAAAAGGGCGGUGAGAUUUUGAGUGAAAAUUAGGGUUUAGAUAGAAGAGGAAGAGAAAGGAUCGCAAGAGAAGAAACAGCAAGAGGAGAAGAAGCACCAGCGAAAUCGGAGGGAUGAGCAGAAGCUUGGGCAUACCGGUCAAGCUACUCCACGAGGCCUCCGGCCACAUCGUGACGGUUGAGCUGAAAAGCGGCGAGCUUUACAGAGGGAGCAUGGUGGAGUGCGAAGACAACUGGAAUUGCCAGCUCGAGAGUAUUACUUACACCGCUAAGGAUGGCAAGGUUUCACAGCUUGAGCAUGUUUUCAUCAGAGGCAGCAAAGUCAGGUUUAUGGUCAUACCAGAUAUGCUAAAGAAUGCUCCUAUGUUCAAGCGUCUAGAUGCCAGAAUCAAGGGAAAGAGUGCAUCACUUGGAGUCGGAAGAGGAAGAUCUGUCGCCAUGCGAGCUAAAGCUCAGGCUGCUGCUGGUGGCCGUGGAGGACCUGGGAGGGGCGUUGUACCGCCUGUUAGGAGAUAAGUCGGUCUUCCUCAUGGAUAAUUUUCAGUGCUUAUUCGCUGUUCUCACGACGGUUCACUUGCGAGCUUCUUCCCUGAAUUCACGAGGCUGAGAUUCUUGAGGGAACAAUAGGAUUGUGGUACCCCUAGAAACUUGAUGUAAAAGCUUUUGUACGGCUCUUGUUGAGGGCACUUGGUAUGACUUUCCUGAUGUGUGGAAUGCAAAAAAAAAAUUCUCUGAUUCCGUAUGUUCUUUCUUAUCGUAUAUUAGGCUGCUGUAUGGCGUUACUCUGAAUUCGGAACUCCAGUGACAUAAGAAAAUGAACACUUAAUUACGGG